AAGACCUCAAUACGCCCCAGAUAUCAGGUGCCGGUCUAUCUCACCGAAGAAAUAGGCCAGGUUCUGGCUGUUCUCGAGAAUGGCCCCUCAAGACAUUCGGGACCUUGCCUUUUUGUUCAACAUCGUCCCCGUUACUGUCAGCGAGCAUGCUAGUGAACAGCGCAAAGGCUUGGUAUCAGCGCAAUACUGGUAUCCACCACUUGAUCAGGAUCAAUUCGUCCGAAUUGACAGUCAAAGUACGGGCUGGUGCAGCUGGUCUGCACGCACGGGAGUCCAGGAACAGGUCAUUCCAAACGAUCCUGGGAGAAACGAUGAAGUAUAUACAGUCUUCUUUAACCAGGAAAAUGACCAUUUUCUUGUUGUUCCCAUUGACUGCUCUCGAGAAAGUCUCCGACAACGCGUGGAUGCGGAACCCAACUGGCCUACUGUAGGCUGGUUCAGGGUGAAUUUCAAACACUUACACGAUGGCCGGAUGUCAAAACUUACUCAUGAGCCUAUGGACUGUUAUCAUCUUGGUGCAAGGGGAUCACCAGAAUGGGUACCUCAGCUGCUUCCCUUCGCCUAUGACCAAAGCGAAAGCGACUUCGUCACAGGUCUUACGGGAAAGCUUUCUCUAUUAGUGGCCAUGGCGGCAUUUACAUCAGAGUUCCGACGUGAACAUUUUAUCACCACGAUGAGGGACCAUUUCCAGCCACCGAGAUGGAUACCCAGGCCUGCUGGCACACCCCCAGUUAAAACAUGGCCACGAAGUCAUCAAAUGGGUGUGAUCGUCAGAAUACGGCCCGAUCCGAGAUCAGGAAUUGGGAGAACAGAGCUAUCUCGUUUUGAAGAGGGUGACUUCGGCUGUUUAAUUGGAAAUUGAGGGCACUAGGUUUCACUCUGCAUCCUUACAAUGAUCACGGGCAGUCUGCGAGAUGUACAUCACGCAGCUCUACUGUCGUCUCUCUUAGACUACCUCUUUUCCCCAUGUUGAUUGAGCCAUCCU